AUGCAAAGCAUCCCGAGCCGGCACCCCGCGCCCUGGGAGAGGAAUGGUGCUACCUCCACGGAUCCCAUGGAUUCCCGCGUCCAGUGGCCAGGCAGACCACGCACAAUGGCGGCGGCGGACCUCGUGUCACCGCUGCUGGGACUCCCGCUGCACUUGGUCACCGAGAUCCUAUCCAACCUCCAUUCUCUCGACGAUGUCGCCGCGGCCGUUUCCAGCGCUCGCAUCUUUAAUGAUGCGUUUGCCGAAUCCAGCAAAGCCAUCGCCGAGAGGAUCCUAGGCCGAAUCCCCAACGCCCUGCUCCCCUUUGUCCACGCCCUCCGCGCCUGCCGGCCCUCGGAGCUGCCAAUAGACCAUCGGCACUACGACGCUCUCCACGAACUCUUCAACGGCAAACUUAAACCGCUGCUGACAACGGCACCGGAAAACCUGCCCCGGCUGAGCGGCUUAACAGUCGCCGAGCAAGCCGAGGUGAGCAGGACGCACGCCGCCGUGGAAGCCAUCACGCAACGUUUCGCCGCCGAGAGCGCACCUCUCUUCGGCCGAGCGCUGGGCCUCGAACCGAAGCAACCCGCCGCGAGCGCCGCGUCGCCGUCAGAGGCGGAGAGGUUCAGGAUUGGCCGGGCGCUCUACCGGCUCGAGAUGCUGCGCGAGAUCUUUUGCGCCGACACCGACGCCGACUACGUGUUCGAGGACGACGUGGAUAGCCUGUGCGGCGGCCAGUUUUUCGCCAUGUAUUCCCCGUGGGUGAAUGAGCAGCUUUUUUGCUUGUACGGGUACCUCCGUGAUAAGGUGUAUGACGGUUUCUGUGAAGUGGCUGCCCAUGAUGUAGAGUACGCACAAGAACCGCCAAACUGGAUCAAGAAUGACGCCGACACUUUAGUCCACGUACAGAUGUUUAGUCUGUUUCGCGAACCCCAACGACGCCCGUUCCCCAGCAGCGACAACGACCGCGAGGAUGAGGACCCGAGCCACGGCCAUCCGCGUCUCUCCGGCCCCUUUGACGGUCCGCAGGACGGCCCGUCGUCAUGCGCGUACAAGAUGUGGGUCGGCGCACGCGGCACCAGAGCCGGCCACGCCUUCCGCCCCAAGCCCGACAGGAACCUAUGGGCGUGCGGUUACGUCAUCUGGGAGUACGCCCCGGGCCAGGAAGCCGUCGUCAAUGGUGCGGAGCUUGCCCGCCGGCUCGGCCAGGUUAGAAGCGGCAAGUCACUUGUCCCGCGCCGGAAGCAGUGGAGGGAAGAGGAAAGGAAGCACCGGGUGGUGGGGCUGACGGAGGCCAAGAAGCGGCGGAUCCUGGAGAAGUGGGCGUCUGGCGGGCUCGGCGACACGUCGUCUGAAGAGGAGGAGAGCGAGGAGAGCGAAGAGGAAGACUAG